AUGAUUAGAUUGACGCAGCUCAAAAACAAUGGUGGAAUCAAAUUUCGCAGGCGCACUCGGCGUACUUUGGUCAUUUUGGUGGCAGCACUAGGAGCAUUGGCAUGGAUAAUUGCGGUGUCACUGUUACGUCACUUGGGUGGUAGCGCAACUACCGAGACGGCUGUAAAAACGUCAUCGACGCCUGUGACACGGAGCCGAGAUCCUACUGCUUCUACCAAUGCCAAUACUGGACGCUCCAGCCCCAUGUUUGUGAAGGGGAAUAUUGCGCAAGGAGAAAACUCAAUUAGUCUCCCCCAUCUCUAUCCAAUGCACCGCCAUCUACCCGCCAAUCGCUCUGCUGUCGUCGAGGCGAUUCAAGAGAAACAGAUGCGCCGUCAAGAACACUGCUGGGUAACGGCUCCUCAUUCGCCGCUAUUUCCAUCACCGUCAAGUGUUGGAGCUACCCUACUCCGACCUUUGCACGUUGAAACAGCAGAUACGAUGCUACAGCAGGAGUAUUUUUUUGCUCGUCAAAAACCGACAGGUUCUGUGAGCACUGGCACAUUUUACUCGGGGUACGAUACCCCACCAACUGCAGCUAACGGAACUGCUUUCCCAUGGUGGGUUUCAAAGAAGUCCCACCACCACUUGCCGUGCACCGCGGAGGUACAGAAACGUCUCCAUGAGUACCAGAACGAGGCCCCGUGUAGCGCCCGAAGAUUUCUUCUCUCGGGCAUUAAGGAAGGAGGACAUGGUCUUGGUUCUUCGCUCAUUGUUAUUUCUUUUGACUUUCUCGGCGCCUUAAGGCUUGGGAGGACCUUGUUGAUUGUUGCCCCAAAAUCAGAUAAAAAAUGGCAAUUUGUUGCUCGCGGAUGCCUGCGGGCUGGAAGAAGGUCCUUGGAUUGCUUUUACCUUCCACCAUCGCGGUGCAAGUUGCCAGGUGGGUCUGUGCGUGUGGUGCACAGGGGGCGCGAUGCUGCAAGUAUUUCUUCCCGCGUGAUACGCAAAUACUCUGUUGAUAUCCCUGGUUUGGACCGGAACACAAUACCGUCGGAUGAGGCCUUCUUUGGUCCGGGUCACCAGCAGUGGACUUGCUUUUCACGGUACCAGAAGUGGGUGAAGAACCCUGCAAACAUGGCAGUCUAUGGCACAUUUGAAAAGGGAAUUGACGCGCGGCUCUCUUUUAUGCUAGCACAGGUGUUUACAUACCUUACGCGUGCCCCGCAGCCGUGGUUUCAGGCCAUGAUAGAGUACCACCUCUCGCCUCUCGGUCUAAUUGCGCCGCACAUGGUGCGUGUUGACCCCACUCCCAGAAAUCGCUGCGUAGUUUACGUUCAGGAUCGCGGUGAGGUGGCCAAAAUGCGGGAAUAUUACAACGUUUUUGGUUGUCACACUGUUGGGCUUUCAAUUUACAGAGACUAUGUGGCUGCCAUUAGCACUUCUUCAAAAUCAGCUCCCUCUCAAAAUUCCUGUAGGGUCUUUGUAAGUGGUGGGACGCCGCGCCAGAGCUUUUUAUGGCUUAAGAAGGAAUUUGAAGACGACUCCUACGAGGUCUUGAGCACAUGGAACCUUUCUACACUUAAAGCUGGAUCCGAGUCGACACGAUGGGGGGCAAGUUCUCCUGCUUCAUCGUGGGUGGAUUUGUAUGCUGGAGUUGCAAGUACCAAUUGGAUCUGUGCGGUACAAUCGAAUUGGUGUCGAAUGAUUAAUUUUCUCCGCUUGACCCAUGGGCGUGUGGACUGUGGCUUUAUAGACAUUGGUGUUUUGAUGUUGACUUCUGUCGAAGCUCGAGAGAAGUACUGUGUCAUAUCUGACUUUCCAACGAAACCCUUUUCGAACGUUAUAAGGCGCUAA